AUGAAGGAAGCUUCCAAUCAGCCCACCAAAUCGCAUGGCGACUUUCAUCGUUCGUCGAGAAGACCAAAUUCCAACCCGGUUCCCGUAAGCGGUGGCUCGCACGGUCCAGAACCUAGCCAAUCCAGCAAUGGCAACUCAAUUUCGCUCUCACACAGCGGCGCUCCCGGCGGCGGCGGGCCCGGUCCCGCGCCGGCUACUGAACCCGACAGUAGUAGUAGUGGCCAAACCGUCAAUACAUCGCAGACUGCACAAUCGGGGGUUGUCUUAGGAGGCAAUGAGAAGCAGGAUGUCAACAACAAAGAAAAGAAGCCCGUUAUGCAGCGUUUUUGGUUCACUACCAAGGCAAUCGUGCUCUCUUCCAAGAUCAAUGUGCUGCUCGUCUUCGUGCCAGUCGGCAUCGCCGUCGCCCAGAUUCACAGCAUGCCCCCGGCUGUCAUCUUUGCCAUGAACGCGGUCGCUAUCGUCCCGCUGGCCGGCCUUCUGAGCUUCGCCACCGAGUCAGUAGCCCAUAGACUCGGAGACUCGCUCGGUGCUCUGCUGAAUGUCACGUUUGGCAACGCAGUAGAACUGAUCAUUUUCAUUGCACUCGUCAAGGAUCAAAUUCGCAUUGUCCAGGCCUCGCUCCUUGGCUCCAUUUUGGCCAACCUGCUGCUGAUCCUGGGCAUGUCAUUCUUCCUUGGAGGCUUGCGGUACCGUGAGCAGACCGCUUUCCACGCCUCAUUCAGUGACAAUGCCCUUGCUGAUGAGCAGUCCCUCAAGGUCAGCCGCGGCACCAGCGUAUUGCUCUCACACGCGUACCUAUACGAGUCGACACCCCAGCACAUUAUCGACGAGGAGGCAACGCCCGGCCCUGCGGCCAAUUGGCUCGACUCCUCGAGCUCCGACAGUAGCUCCGAUAGUGAUUCGGAUUCGUCAGACUCGGACCACUCCCGAAACACCAUGUCGAGGCGGAUGAGGCGGGUAAUGCGCCGUCGCCGGAGAUCUAGUGUGGUCUCUUCGGAGACCGGCGAGCACAGUCCCGUUGUCGCCCGUACACCUCCGACAGACGAUCACAAGUCGGAAGAGCCUUCUUUUCGUCCACGGAUUCAUCAGAAAUCGAGCAGCGGCGCAAGUGAUGAAAUGGAAGACGACAGGUCCCAUCGCCAUGGAAAGCGCCACCGUCGCCGUCUGCCGAGACCACGAAGGCACCGCAGGCGCAAGCACCGGUCGCACAUGGCUGAAUCCCCCGAGCCCGUGGUCGAGGAGAACACCGAGGCCGAACGUUCGGGCGGCGAACCUCGGAGAGUAGAGUUCACUCCUGACACGGUCGACCCGCAAAACGCGACUGAGGAGCCACGAACCCGCAGCCCCUUCCGAGGCUUGCGCAGCAUGUCCUUCCGUCCUGUCGUCAGCAGUUUAGCACCGUCCGUCUUCACGCAGCCUCAAGAUACUAAUGCGAUGAACACCGUUACUGGUCCGGUCCCCCGCGUGCGCUACGGCAUCCGCAGAACCAACUCCCUUCCGGACCGCCUGAGCCAGCAUUACCGGCCCCCCGGUGCCAUGAUGCCCUCGCAGAUCCCGCUGGCUCACCCCCCUACAGUGGCCCUCUCCGAGGUGGAAAAUACCGGUCAAUUGUCGCGCACCGCAGCUGUCAUCCUGCUCCUCGUCUCGACCGCCCUGGUCGCCGUGUGCGCCGAGUUUAUGGUCGAUUCGAUUAACGGGCUCGUCGAGACAAGCAGCGUCAACGAGAUCUUCAUUGGCCUCAUCAUCCUACCCAUCGUGGGCAACGCGGCCGAGCAUGUCACAGCCAUCACGGUGGCCGUGAAGAACAAAAUGGAUCUUGCCAUCGGCGUCGCCGUCGGCAGCUCCAUCCAGAUCGCCCUGUUCAUCACGCCCUUGGUCGUCAUCAUUGGCUGGGGCUUGGACCGGCAGAUGACGCUCUAUUUCACCCUAUUCGAAACGGUUUGCCUGUUUGUCUCGGCCUUCAUCACCAACUUUCUGGUGCUCGACGGCAGGAGUAACUACCUUGAGGGUGCGUUGCUGAUGUCUACCUACGUCAUUAUCGCUGUGGUGGCCUUCUUCUACCCUAAACCCGAUGAGGCAUCCGUGUGGGGUGCUUAA